AAAAAAAGAAAAAAAAGAAAGAAAAGAGAGAUAAACCAGAAUCGCAACAAAAUUUCUCCCCUCGUCUUCCCUCUCUCUCUCUAAUAAAUCCAUCAAUCAAAUCGAAACCCCUCAGUAAUGUCAAAUUCCCCAAUUUAAAUCCCCAUAAUUUCUACCCAAAAGAAAAGAGGAAACAAAUAAUCCCCAAAUGUGAUUGAUUGCAUCUCCUUCGAAUCUCUCUCGAGUCCGCCCAUGCCUUUUCUCGAUCAAAUCUCGACCCCAAUUUCCCCUGUAAUCAGAAGGGAGAUCGUUUCCUGAUCGUGAAAGCUCCUCUCUUUUUCUUUCUCCCUCGCCAGAGAAAAAGACGGGAAAAUCGAAGGGAAAAUGUCGAUGACGAAACCCAAGGACAAUCAAACGCUGCCGCUGGGAGUUCUCCUGAAGCGGGAGCUGUCGACGGAGAAAACGCCGGAGAAGCCCGAUAUAAUCCACGCGCAGGCAAAUCAGAGCAAGAAAGGCGAGGACUUUACGUUUCUCAAGACCGAAUGCGAGCGGGUCCCCGGCGAUGGGUCGACGACGUUCGCCGUUUUUGCGAUUUUUGAUGGGCACAACGGACCUGCUGCUGCUAUAUAUGCCAAGGAGAAUCUUUUAAACAAUGUUCUAGGUGCAAUCCCUUCAGAUCUGUGCAGGGAUGAGUGGAUAACAGCAUUACCUAGAGCCCUGGUUUCAGCUUUUGUUAAAACAGAUAAGGAUUUCCAAGCUAAAGCCCAAAAGUCAGGGACAACUGCAACAUUUGUAAUCAUAGAUGGGAUGGUUGUAACUGUAGCAUCUGUUGGUGAUUCACUUUGCAUACUGGAAUCUGCUGAAGGUUCUAUUUAUUGUUUGUCAGCAGACCACAGGCUGGAAACUAAUGAGGAAGAGGUGGAACGUGUAACAGCAAGUGGUGGUGAAGUUGGGAGACUAAACACUGGCGGUGGUACUUCAUUUGGUCCUCUUAGGUGCUGGCCUGGUGGUUUAUGCUUGUCAAGGUCUAUUGGAGACAUGGAUGUUGGUGAAUUUAUUGUUCCUGUCCCUCAUGUGAAGCAAGUGAAGCUCAGCAGUGCUGGAGGACGCCUUAUCAUCUCAAGCGAUGGUGUGUGGGAUGCUCUCACUUUUGAGCAGGCUCUUAGCUGUUGUCGAGGUUUGCCACCGGAUGCUGCAGCAUCUCAAGUUGUCAAGGAAGCUGUACAAGGUAAAGGACUAAGAGAUGAUACGACGUGCAUUGUGGUUGAUAUAUUGCCACCAGAGAAGCCAACUCCUUCCCAAAAUCCAAAGAAGCCAGGAAAAGGGGUGUUUAAGAUAUUUAGGAAAAAAUCUAGUGAGUCUUCGUCGCAUGCUGAUAAUGAUUCUCCUGAAUCAGAAUUCGUGGAGGAAAUAUUUGAGGAUGGAUCUGCAAUGCUGUCCCAAAGGUUAGACACGGAAUACCCACUCUGCAACAUGUUUAAACUUUUCACAUGUGCAGUAUGCCAGCUUGAUAUGAAACCUGGUGAAGGCAUUUCAGUGCAUGAGGGUUCUUCACAUCCUAGAAAAGUUCGUCCUUGGGACGGUCCUUUCCUUUGUUCUAGUUGCCAGGGCAAAAAAGAGAAAAUGGAAGGCAAGGGCUCUUCUAAAGAUUCUUCAUCUCAAGGAAGGAGAAAAAGUGAAUAGUCCGAAUCAUCACUACAUUCAAUUUAUUUUAAAUUUACCGGAGGUUAACAAAAGUUUCGGAGAUAGUUAACUAACUCGAAGGUACAUUUGAAAGCUUCCCAUUGAUUUAUUCGUUCUCCUGUAAAGAGACGAGCAUUGACGCCUAAUCUUGGUAGAAGGCUGAGUUUAGCUGCACAUUGUGGUGAUUCUGCACUUAGAGGAAAGGGUCAGAAUUUUUACAGAGGCCUUACCUCUUCUAAUAAUGCAGAGAAACCUUAUAUUUUCAUUUCUUUCUAGGCUCAUUGCCAUGUAUAUGAAUUAGCAAAAGGGGCAAAGUUCGGGGGUAUACCUUGUGUUAUUGUGGUAAAGUUUGGAAGUCAUCAUAGAAUUUUCUUUCAAACAGAGAGGGUAGCUUACACGUAUUUAAUUGUCAAGUUCCACUGUUUGUGCAGAAAUGAAAAUUAUUGGAAACAUUCUUUCAACAUUGCAUCAUCUAUUCAAUAUAUUUGCUA